UAUUUUAAAAGGGGGUGUGUGUCUGCAGCAGCCACCAUUCGAGUCACCGGUGUUUUCAACUAGGAUUGUGUCAUCUUUGAGCUCUGUCCAACGAUCCAGGCUCAUUACCCCCAACUCAAAGAAACACAAGAGAAACCAGACAUACUAUAUUAUACACCAUGGCCGACGCAAGUCUGAAACUCAUAUACUUCAAGGGCAAAGGCCGUGCUGAGAUGGCUCGUCUGUUGCUGGCAGCCGCCGGGAAACAGUACGAGGACGCCAGACUGUCUCAGGAUGAGUGGAAGGAACAGUUCAAACAGAGGUUUUACGGUAGCAGCAACACAGACGGUCUGGUCAUUGAUGGUGUGUUGCAGUCGAUUCAGGACAUUAUGCAGAUCGCUGUCAAGUUCAUGUUUGAAAAGGAUGAGGGGAAGAAGCAAGAACUGGCUACCGCAUUCAAAGACACAGAGACCCCCAGGUUCUUUGGUUACUAUGAGGCGUUGUUGAAGGAGAAUGGUACUGGAUAUUUUGUUGGCAGUAAGUUGAGCCUGGCAGACAUCGCUGUGUAUGAUUUGUUCACCGGCAUGAUGGCGCCUCGCCUGGGAUCUGUGGACAGCUUCCCGCUCCUCAAGGCUCUCGUCGACAAAGUCGGCGCUGACCAGAAGAUCAAAGCUUACAUGGCGUCCAGACCAGACACACCUUUUUAAGUUGUCACAUUCAAUACUACUCUGCAUUUCUAAAACAAGACAAAGCAAAACAAAACACAACAAAAAAUUUAAAAAAAUAAAAAAAA